GUCCAAAAUAGUGUCAACUGUGAACUGUCAACUGUCAAUCUAAUGAACAUAAGCUUAAACUAACCUCAAUGCGGUAAAUGUCGGAAUCGAUGUGAACAAUUUCAUUUGUGCGCUAUUUAUCACUUGUAAACAUGUAUACAGGAUUAUUAAGGACGUUAAACCUAGUUGGACGAGUGUUACCGGUACAAAGCACUCAGCUUCACAUGGAUGCGACAUGUUUUGCUGCUAAGAAAACAACAAGUGCUGCUGGAGGUGUCAUGGGCCUUGGCAAAGGCAAGAAGAAGGCCGGUAAACUGGGAACCAUGGAAAAGAAAGAAAUGCCUGUCGAGACAGACCCCAACAAGCUGGUCAACUACGUGUGCGGCUCUAACAUCUAUGUGACUGGAGAGGAUGUCAAGCUGAAGGAGGACAGUGAGUACCCGGCGUGGCUGUGGUCGCUGCGCACGUCGGGCCCGCCGCGGCUGGAGGAGCUCGACCCCAACUCCAAGCAGUACUGGAUCCGCGUGCGCGCCGCGGGCAUGCGCCGCAACAACAAGCUGCGCUCCAUGAGGAAGUUCUGAACCCUGCCAUACCUGAGGCCGUACACAGCAUGCCUUACUACAAUCCAUAACACCAAUAAAUAUCAAAUAUAGGUGUAGCAAUCACGUACCCUGUAAAUCUAUCACUUGGGUAUGUCAUUCCCUUUCGUAAUUGUUAGUGAUAACGAUUGUAGAAAGGUAUGUUUGCUACGGCUCUUGACUACUGAGGCUCACAGUAGACACCUUUGCACUUGAGGCAAGCACCACACCCAACACCAAAACAACUCACAAUUUUAACUUGAACACCUCAUCUAUGUGGCUCAUAGUUGAGCUAUCAUGAUACAGAAUGGACUAAUUAAAACCAUCACAAUAUUGACCACUGUUUACAAACUGAACUGAGGUUUGACUAUGAGGUGCAUGAUUGCAUUAUCAUUAUUCUCUCGACAACAAGUCAUUUUUGCAUUAUGUAUGGUUGAGGUAAAUGGUGUCAAUUUUAAUGGCAUAAAUGUUUCCUUGUGGGUAAAUUUUGUGGCAGUUUAAUGUGCGUAAACCUUAAUACUGUAAUAUCUGUUACAAUAACAGAUGCAUAGUGAAGACACGGCUCCACAUGUCUUGUUAAAAUCGGUGCGGUGUAUUAUAGAACAUUAUGAUAGUAUAUUAGAUAAUGUAGCAUUAAGUGUUGAUAAUAAACGUUUUCAAAGUUAA